AUGGUAGAUCCAAAACAGACAACCGAUUGCAAGCAUGAGCUAGCCUAUGACUUGCUUUUGACUUUGCUCGAGCACCAGUUCUCCUCACCUGUCCAAUGGAUUUCCACGCAAGACUCGUUGCUUAAGGAAGAUCCUGCUGGAAGGUUCAUCGAGAUAGGGCCUGCAGACACAUUGCGGUCUAUGUUAGAGAAGACCUUCCUGCAGAGUGAGGCCAUUGGAGAGAAGAAUGCCGAAUUUUUGACGUUUAUGGAAGAAAUCACAAGGCUACAUAAAGUACCUGACAUGGUUUUGGAGGAGCCAACGCCGCCAUCACAGGACAUUGGGGUAUCUGAGGCAGAGCCCCUAGGACUAUUAAAGGCCGAGGAGCCCAUUAUACCGGCCGUCGAAACCAAAACGGAGGUUUCCGUGGUGACGGCUCGCCAGAUUUCUGAAAUUGAUGACGCACCUCCUUUAGCGUCCGAUGCCCUGAUAGCUAUUGUAGCCUCCGCACUCAAAGUGUCGAGGGCAAGUAUCGACACCGCCAACUCCGUCAAGUUACUAGCAAGGGGACGAUCAGCACUCCAAAACGAGAUUGUCGGAAACUUGGUCUCAGAGUUCGAGCAUCUCCCAGACGCGGUGGAAGAAAUCCCUCUGGCCGAGCUUAGCCAGGACUUGCAGAGGUCUUUUAGUGGCAAGCUCGGUCUCUACUUGAAUGAAUGGCUGAGCAAAAAGAUAUCAGCCAAGCUUGCUCCAGGCUUUACACUGUCCAAGUUACGGAAUCAUCUCAGGGAUUCUUUCGGCCUAAAAGAGGGUCACCAAAACUCGUUUUUUUUGACUGCUGAUUUUGAUGAGAUCACCACUCGCUUGCCAGACGAAGGAAAAUCAUGGGAAGCUGUUAGUCGUUGGGCAAAUUUGUAUAUGAAAGAACGGGGUCUGGAACAUGCAUUGACCCAAGCUGUGACAGAUGACCGCAGCCAACCGACUAUGCAGCAAAAUACCACCAGUCCUCAGUUGGCUAAGUUUGGUCAAGAACUUGCCCACCUUAUGGCAAAGCACUUCAAAGCCCCAGUUUCAGGUACGGAGACAGAAUUAAAGCUUGAACAGAGACAAGAGGACGAGCGGGCAAUAGGUGAUAGGAUGGAUCAGCUUUCGAAGGAGCUUGGAUCUGAGUUUAUCUCGGGUGUGGAGCCCUACUUCUGCCCUGAAUUGGUUUACCGGUAUCAGUCUAGCUGGAACUGGGCGGUCCAAGAUCUAUACGUGACCUUGUCAAAGAUUAUCACCCGCUCCACUCUAACGGAGGGAGAGGAAGAGUUGCAAGAAUGGAUUGAGGAGGCAUCAGACCGACUUCAAAGUCGAUCCACUAACAGAUUGCAGCAAUGCGCCAAGUACUUGCACGAUAAAUGGGAGCAACAACCACAGACACCGCAGCGCGAUGGAUGUCUCCUACUACUGCGUCCACUGGUGAAAAACAUUAAAAGUCCCCCAUCAGAUUCCGGGUCAGUGAGGAGAGAUGAAAGUUCUGUGAAGAAGGCGUGUUCAAAUAGCAGGCUUUCAAGCGAUUCAUCGCACUCCUGUUCCAGCCUAGGUGGCAAAGGAUCAUUCACCCCCUCAGAUUCCUUAUUGUCCAUUAUGCACAGCCCCAUUCGCGUGUGUAUUAAAGAUCAAAAUGGUGCAUGGAAGACUGACAUCGAUUUGACAAAUCACCUUCAUGAGGUCGAGAUAAGCUCACAUUCAAAGCCGAUGAUCGGGACUGUUCUGAUAAUUGGCGCGGGAAAACAAUCCAUUGGCUUUGUUCUCGUGAAACAGCUACUCAGAGCUGGGUCGCGUGUCGCUCUUUGUACCACUCGAUUGACACCAAUUACCAGGAGGCUUUACUCCAAACUCUAUGCGGAGGAGGCACGACCUGGAGCUGAGUUGGUUUUGUUGCCAUUUAAUCAAGGCAGUGUGCAGGAUAUCACAAACCUGGUCAACUAUAUCCAUAGUGACAUGGGAUGGGAAGUGGAUCACCUGGUGCCCUUUGCGGCAAUAUCAGAGAUCGGAAAGACUUUGGAGGAUCUGGACUCAAAGUCAGAGCUUGCACACCGUAUUAUGCUCACAAACACACUUCGGUUGAUAGGAGCAAUUGUGAGCUCUAAGCGAGAUCGGCAUGUGUUGAACCAUUCCACCCAGGUUCUGCUGCCACUAUCACCAAACCACGGUCAAAUUGGUGGAGACGGCCUGUACGCUGAGUCCAAGUUGGGCCUAGAAGCGCUUUUGAACAAGUGGUCUUCUGAGCAAUGGUCGGAUGCGGUGUCCCUAUGUGGUGUCCAAAUUGGUUGGACAAGAGGUACCGGAUUGAUGGAGGCUAACGAUAUUCUGGCCGAUGACAUUGAGAAGCUGGGUGCCCGAACGUUUUCAGCCGAUGAAAUGGCAUCGCUUCUCGCCCUGGUGAUGGAGCCUAGUUUAUUUGAGGCGUGUAGUGUACAACCCUUCCUCUGUGAUUUCAGCGGUGGGUUGCAAACGAUGCCAGAAUUGAAGGCGCACAUGGAUUCUGCACGUCUGAAAAUUCAGACAAACGCCGCAAUCCAACUCCGACUCUUGAAAGAGAAUUUAUAUGACCAAAUCGGCUCCGAAACAGACUCGCAACUUAAUAAGCCGCCCGCGCCCCAACAACCCAGGGCAAGGCCUCGAAACGAAUAUCCUGAGCUUUCAGAGCGUUACAACGACCAAGUCUCCCAUGAUACACACAGGCUGGAGGGACUCGUCGACCUGGACUCCAUGGUAGUAAUCACUGGAUUUGCAGAAAUCGGCCCUAUGGGCAGUUCCCGGACGCGCUGGGAAAUGGAGGCUGAAGGAGUGUUCUCCAUGGAAGGGUGCAUCGAGCUCGCUUGGAUGACGGGACUUAUCAAAUAUGAGCGCCAUCGCGUCUACAACGGAAGGGAUCUUGGUGCCGGGUGGAUUGAGUGCGAAUCAGGUGAACCUAUCAGUGAUCUUGAGGUGAAAUCCAAGCUUGAAGACAAAAUCCGCCAGCAUACGGGAAUCCGCAUUCUUGAGCCAGAUGACCACUCCAACCCCAAUCCCAGGUUGCGAGACAUCCUGCACGAGGUCGGUACUGAAGAAGACCUGCCACCAUUUGAGUGUUCCUCGCAAGCAGCAGAAGGGUUUAAAGCCCGACAUGGAGACGCUGUCGAGAUUCUACAGGAUGACGGGACUACGGCGACCGUGAAGAUCCGACGUGGCGCGUCUAUCUUCAUCCCCAAGGCACUGAACACGGAAUAUUUUGUGGGGGCUCAAAUUCCAACCGGCUGGGACCCCGCAAGAUAUGGUAUUCCUCCCGAGAUAUUGGCCCAGGCUGACCGACCCUCACUCUUUGCUUUGGUGUGUACUGCAGAAGCUUUCCUCGGUGCUGGAAUCACGGAUGUAUACGAAUUGUACAAAUACAUUCAUGUUUCCGAGGUUGGGAACUGCAUUUCUUCUGGUUCCGGUGGACUUACGGCAUUUCAGGCAUUGCACGAGCAUCGCCUGCUGGGUAGGGAGGUUCAACAAGAUAUUCUUUCUGAGAUAUUUAUAGGAACAGCUGGUGCUUGGGUCAAUCUCCUUCUUCUAUCUGCCUCUGGUCCCUUGAAGACUGCUGCUGGAACCUGUGCAUCAUCCCUCGAGUCUGUGGAUACUGCAUGUGAGCUUAUCAGCAGUGGCAGAUCCAAAGCUUGUAUUGCGGGUGGGUACGAGGUCUUUACCCGACCUAUUUACUACGAGUUCGGGAACAUGUCAGCGAUUAUCAACUCGUCCCAAGACUCAAAGCGUGGAAGAGAGCCGAGCGAGAUGUCACGUCCAUUUACUUCCACCCGGAACGGGUUUGUCCUCAGUGAAGGAAUUGGCAUUCAAGUUUUAACGAGUGCAUCAUUGGCCUUGGAAAUGGGACUGCCCAUUUACGGUGUUAUCGCUAUGACGCACAUGGCAGCGGACAAGAUAGGGCGAUCGAUUCCUGCACCGGGCCAGGGUAUCCUCACAGCGGCAAAGCAAACUGGAGCACCUAGCCUGCUCAUGAAUCCUACACUGCGCGCCAAGCGGAUCCGCACAUCGCUGGGCCAUAUUGAACGCCAGGCUCAGGCGGACAUGGAUGCCUUCCAGGAAGAAAUUAGCUUUAUGGAGUCCAGAGGAGAACCUUUGUCUACCGAAGAGAUUGAAGCACGAGUCCAAGGACUCGAGGAUGAUGUGGCCUUCGAGAAAAAGACCGUCUUGCGGGAACUGGGUAACAACUUCUGGCGAAACAAGCCCAACAUUUCACCCAUUGCAGGAGGAUUGUCGGUUUUCGGUCUCUCUGUGGAUGAUAUUACAUUUGUCAGUAUGCACGGGACAGCGACGAAACUGAACGACAUGAACGAAUGUGCAACGCUAGAGGCGCAAAUGCGACAUCUCGGACGACACCCUGCGAACCCGAUGUAUACCAUUGCUCAAAAGUCCGUUGUGGGCCACGGUCUGGGAGCUUCAGGUGCUUGGGCGCUGAACGGGGCCCUCCAAGCUCUCCAUUCGGGUAUCAUCCCUGGAAAUCGGAAUGCAGAUGAUAUCGAUCCUGGUCUACAGAAAUUCGAGAGGCUUCUCUUGGUAAAUGAGAACAUUAAGCUCCAUCAAUCUGACAUGAAAGCUUUCUGUGUUGAGUCUUUUGGUUUUGGGCAGAAGAGUGCACAGGUACUCGUUGUGCACCCUCGCUACCUAUAUUCAGCUAUCUCGGAGGAGUCGUACCAACAAUAUCGCAAGAAACAGAUGGGGAGGGCAAGGAUCGCUGCCAGAGAACUUGAUCGGGGACUUCACGGACAAGGGAUGUUCAAGGCAAAGGAGGUCGCACCCUUUGUUGGCGAUGAGCAUGCUUUCUUGCUCAAUCCGCUGGCUAGGACUUAG